AUGAAUACGUUGAGUAAGCUGUUCAGCAGCGCAUAUAACAAGGAUGAAAAUGGGUGGAAAAGAGGAAACGUGUCAAAAGAUGGCGCAAAGCAUACCCUGUUAAAAAGUGCACGUAAUCAGUAUACGCAAUUGAAUAACGUAAAUUUUUCAACAAGGAAAAAUAUGGACAUUGGAGAAGUAGUAAUAAAAAACCUUAAAAAGGAGGAACCGGUGUUACCACCACAUAGGGCACACAAAUUUGUUGAAUUUUCGAACGGUUGUACGUCUAGACAAGUGGGGAAGCACAGUAGUUCCUUCCGUAGAAAUGCAAAGAGUGUAAAUAAUAGUGCGUACUCAUUAUACAACCCGCACAAAGUGUUCAAUGCGUACAAAUUGAAGAAUCCGUAUUACCCCCUACAAAAUGCUUUGCUCAAAUAUGAAUCUAAUUAUCCUGACUACGCGAUACAGAAAGGGAUAUCGAAUAGUACGGCUCAAAAUGGAAAGAUAAUUUUAAAGCAAAAAUGGUGCCCUCCUAAGGAUUACGUACCUCAGGUGGAUAUUAAUAUAAAAGACAAUUAUGAACAAAGGCAAGUAGCAUAUGUUGAUCGUAAGCAUAAUCAAUAUAGUGACCAAGGUAGUAAUUUAAUACCUAGAAGUAAUGCUUACCCCAAUUGGGGUUUGGAUGCUAACUUAAAAAAAUAUGUGAAUGUCCCCUCCCUUGAAUUAAGCAUGAAAAAUGAAGCACUACAUAGCGAUAAGUUUUACGGGAAUGCCAAAAUUGGAAGGUCACUGAGCCACAUGAAUGGGAAUGAAAAUGAAAAGAAAAAUCAUGUUAUCGAAAUGGGGAUAAAAAAUGUCACACAGGAAAGGAUGUCCACUAAGGCGACGGGUAUUCUGCCUAUGAGUCCUCUCAGCAGUGCCAAGCUUGGGCAGCCCCCCGAUGAUAUCAGCAGUAAGAACAGCCGGAAGGGCAACCAUGUCACAAGUGAAAUGCUAACCAAGGGAAGUGGUCCACUGCACAGGAAUGCACAUCCUAUGACGCACUUGACCUCAAGUGGAAGUGGGGCCCCCCCAAAGGAAAAUCAAUAUUGGAAAAAUCAAAAUGAAAAUUUCCUUAGUAGAACCAAUUCUCUUAAAAGUAUUAGUCAGAAAAGUGUAAGAUAUUCGAAGAGGGCGGAAAAUCAAUUCAACCCAUCUGUACUUAUUUCGAAUGAACAGAGAAUGGGAGAACAACCCAGUUCAAAAGCAACCCCUCGAGAAAAGGUUGUUCACGCGAUGCAUUUACAACGGACAGGAGGGGAAAACCGUUACGUGAUGCAAAGCGCAAACGGAAGCAAAUAUACAGAAGCAGGAUUGAAGAGGGAUAUUAAUAUAUGUGAACCGCCCAAUAGAACAGUACUCAAUGUACAACAGAACAGAUACACGAACAGGUUUGGUGACCCAUGCGCGGUGCAGAGAAGCAAUCUGUUCACAUGUUCGUCGAAAAAUGGCAAAUGGUACAGCGGCAGUUAUGGUAAUUUGUUUGCUCUGCAGAAGCAUAACCAGUUCAGGGGCGCGUGCGGCAAAGCAAGCGACAACAAGCAACGCGGGAACGACCAACUGGGCAACAACGAAGGCGAUGGCAGUCAACGUUGUAAGAACAACCCGUUAACCAUAUUGAGUAAAGAAAGCAUGGCUUACAAGAAUGGCAGAGCACCAUGCCUUUAUGCCAGCAACAAAGAAGCAACAUGCAGCGAAGAAAGCAGCCACACCGCCUUGGAGUACGUCCAACCCGAACCAGGACAUAGGCGUAAUGCCCAAAUGGAUGGUAAUAAUGAAAGAUAUAAUUUCACCCUACACAAGAACUUAAACCAAAGCAGAUGCAAUUUUGUGAGUCCAAUUGCGUACUACACUGCGCAGGAGGACCAGGGAACAAAAGAAUACAGCUCCAUCGCUCAAAAAAAUAUAAGGCAAUUUAAAAAUGAAGACCUUCAAAGGUAUUAUACACUUAAAGGAAAAAUCUCUCAAAAUUGGAACCAUAAUGGUAGCGGUUGUCCGAAUGAUAUUAAGGGUGUGAGGAAUGGCAGCACAAGCAAUGGGGGUAGUGACCAUGUGAUUUUUUCCAAAGGAGUGAGUCGUAUUCGGAAUGGUUAUAUUAAUCCACCUUCUCCCCCCCAUGUCAAUAAAAGUAGCGAAGGUGCGGUUUCAAAAAAUAUAAAUAGGAGCAACAAUGACAUAAGUGUAAACGUGGUCAGCCGCAACUGUGUUAAAAGGAUGGGAGCUGAGAUGGAAAAUAAGAACAAUCACGGAAAUGAUAAUGGUGUAGAAGAAACGGAUAAGCAGAGUAAUAUUAACGUAAUUGCACACAUACCUAGUGGAGAUGUAAGUUACUGGGGAGGAGUAGCUAGAGGUCCGGAUAAAGCCAGCACGUUCGAAAUGGCAAUAAAUGAAACAUGUAAGAGCAAGACGGCGGAGAAAAUUUACCCUCAAAGUGGUUACUACAUAGGUAACAGCAAAGAUCCCAGUGUAAAUGACGAUGAAAAAACAAGUGUUGUAUAUGGAGCACGAAAUGGAAAUGCCGCUAACUACUUUAGCAGUGUAGUGCAGUUCGCGGGUUUGAACAGAGCACAGGAAAGGGCUACUGGUGACAGUCCCCCCCUAGGAAGUACAAUAUCAGUCCCCAAAGAGGAACAUGUUAAAAGUAAUAACGUAAUGGUGGAUAGCAAUAGCAAUUUGUCUUGUGUGAGUAAGGGCAUUAACUUUAGUGGGGGACGAGAUGGAGAUAUCGUCCGUUUUUAUGAAAAUGGAAAUGAAUUAAGCAGGAAAGUAGAGAGAGAAAUGAAUUUUAAUGUACCAAGUGAAGGUACCUACUUGAGAGAAACAGCACCAGGGAGAUCCAAUAUGUGUUGUGAUGAAAGAGAUACGUUAGACAUUUGUGCGAACGUUGAUGGAACUGUAUUUCAUAAGGAAGAGGUGAAGGAAAAAGUAAGUGAAGCAGCCCGGGAACAUGACAAAAAGAAGGUACAUUUAUGCACCCAAAAUGGUGGCCUUGAUAUUAGUAACGUUACACGAAGCAGUAUGCCGAAGACAGGCACUCCGAUGUUGCAACGGAAUGAAGCAUGUUGCAUUGACGUUGUCAGUGGUGGACAGGGUCCGGCUCAGGGAGGUAGUUCCAAGCAGCAGGGACACGAAACUGCAUUUAAGGUUGACAAUUAUAGCAACAUUAACGAUGCCAAUAAGGAUGGCAAUAAUGAUAACAAUGGUGAUGAUAAUGAAUUGGGGGGUCAUGUAAAAAAUGAAGGGAAAAGAGAAGGAGGAGCAGGGGGCUACGUUCAGGGAAGCAUACACAAUAGGCAGUCGCUUGCGAAUCUUUGCAAAAGCUGGGAAGAAGAAAACCACGUAGGUGUGGAAAAAAAAUAUUUGGACAAGCGCAAUGAGCAGAUUUGCGAAGUGAACUUGUUGUCCCCACCCAACCCGAGUGUUGUUUUAGGAGAUGCGAAGGACAGCAAUAAAAUGGUUAAAAGUGACAAACAGGAAAAGUACCAUUUGUAUGAAGUGUUGACACCAGAAAAUCUCUCACAUGGGAAUAAUUACCAAAGUACCAAUGCAGGAAAUAUACAAUGGGGUACAGGAAAAAGGGGAAAAGACAUUUUGAAUAAGAAUAUAAACGAAUUAAAAAAGGGCGCCAUGAAGAAGUACAGCAUGGAAAACUUAACCGACUCGUAUAUUUAUCACUUAAAUAAUUUGAAUAGAAAUGCCAAGAUGAGAAGCGAGAAGGGAAAGUUAAGAAUGAAUAUACACAGUUCCAGUGUUCAGGAGAGGAAUGUUCCAUGUGUGAAUAGCCCUGAAAGGGGUGAUAUGAAUAAAGUGUGUGUAGGGGGUGAUAAUGCAAGGGGCAAGGGUACCAAUAUGGAAGAGGAAGUUCAUAACAUGAGCCGUGAUAAAGCUGGAGAAACACAAUGCACUAAUUCAGUCGCGCCAAAUGAGAAAAUUAACUACCCUAUUUGUAAUGAGUUGUUCUCAGAAAAAACGAAUAAUAGGAAUAAUGGAGCACAGUGCGAGGUGCACUUAAAGGACAGUUCCCAUUCUGAAUAUAUGAAGUUAGUUGGUAGGGAGAACCACGCGGAUAGUCAUGUCCAAGUGGGGGAAGCGUUCAAUGUCUCUUCGCAGAAGGGGGACAAGGAAGGGAACGAUUUUUUGGCACCUUUUAGAGGAAGUAACGUAGAGCAGGGCCCCGUUAAUGGUGGCGCUGAAAGGAGAGUCGAUGGGGUGAGUGACUCGGAGGGGGCGUUCCAUAAGGGCGAAUCUGAUGGGGAUAAGUGUGUGCAUGGUAACAACCAUCGGGGCAGCAGUCGGAGCAGCGGAGUAAGUGGUAUGAGUUGUGUAAGCGGUAUGAGCGACAUGUGUUGCCUGGACGGUGGCAGCCGCGAACCGAGCGACGAAGGAGAGAGAAGGAGGCGAGCGCGAAAAGUAGCCCUACCGUGGAAGAAGGAUGACAUUGUUAAAGUGAACUACAGAAGUAGGAGCAUGAGAGGGAAAAGUAAUAUCACCAUAAACACCAAGUUGGCCAGGUACGAAAGGGUGCUCAUCCACACGUGUAUUAGCAAACUAAAUUGGAAGAAAUGCAUUGACAAUGCAAACAAAGGAAUCUUCUACUGGAUAGGAUAUAACAUAACCGAUUUUGACCAUUACAAUUAUAUGAAGAAGAAAAAAAUUAUAAAUAGAAUUCCAUCCAUGUAUAUGUAUACGAAGAAAAAGGCCUUAACCUUUUUACUGUCUCACUUAUCCCUGAUUUUUCCCUCCCUAUAUGACUUUUACCCAAACACAUUUGUAUUGCCAGAAAAUAAAAAUAUUAUAAAGUACAUUCUGAACAGUAAUAAUAAGGAUUACUAUAUUAUGAAGCCAGAUUGUGGAAGCAUGGGAAUCGGAGUCAAAGUAAUACAUAAAUAUAGCGACAUUAACGUAAAUAUUUUGAAUGGGUACAAUUGCUAUAUUAUUCAAAAGUAUAUAGACAACCCCCUACUGAUGUAUAAGAAGAAAUUUGAUUUUCGUAUAUACAUUUUAUUACUGCCAGGGAAACAUUACCCUAAAAUAUACUUGUCCAAAAUUGGGUUUGCUAGAUUGUGUACAGAGGAAUAUAAAAAGAAAAAGAGAUACAUUUACAACACCUUUAUACAUUUAACUAACUAUAGCAUUAAUAAAGACAAUGAGAAAUAUAUUAGAAAAAAAAACAUUCAUGAUAAGAAUAAUAAUAAGCAAUUACUGAGUGAUGUUUUUAUUUACCUGAAGAAUAAUGGAUACGACAUUGAUGAUAUAUGGAAACAGAUAAAGAAAAUUACUUGUCUAACCUCUUUGGCAAUUUAUUCUUACAUUAAGGAAAAGAUAAAGUACAAUUUUAAUAACAAUUUUUAUUUUUAUCAGUUAAUUGGGUUAGACAUCCUGUUAGAUGAUACUGGCAAAGCGUGGUUGCUGGAGGUUAACUCCAAUCCGUCCCUCCGCAUUGACUAUAUUGACCCAAGGUACAGCAACUUUGAAAUACAGUUAGAGAGCAUGUUCGACAGGUACGUGAAGGAGCCCGUGAUAAGCGAAAUGUUUUUAAUCGUGUAUCGGAAAAUUUAUAAAAAGUAUUUAUGGAAAAGGGGCAACAGGGGCACACACCCAUGCGGUAAUAAUAUUGGGGAAGACCAAAUGGGGAAAACGGGAAAGGCGGAAAAAGCGGGUAAAGGUGCCAAAGGUGGGAAAGCGCGAAGAACUGACAGAAUAGGCAGAGUGAAGGUUCAAAGCGGGUUCACGCACGAUACGUUUGUGCCCGUAAAUAUCAGGAAUGUCAAGAAUUGGGGGGUGCACAAAAAAAAAAUAGGAAAAAAAGUGGGCGAAAAGGUCAGCGAAAAAAUGGGCAAAAAAAUGGACGAGAAGGUGGGGGAAAAAGACGAGCAUUAUAGCACUCAUUUGCCAAAGGAAAAUCUUAAAUCGGACAUAACCUGCAAUAAAAAAAUUGACAAAAGGACCGGCUGCACUCUAAAUAGCGUUGUAGGCAAGGUGCUCUCAGGUGGUCGAAAAAAUUUCCCUCAAAAGGGGUGCACAGAACACUUAUCGUGUACUGACCAGUGUGAGUCAAUAAUAAAGUGUAAAUUGAGUGGUACGCAAAAGGAGAAGCUGGGGAGUAAUGCGCAGGUCAUGAACAGGGAGAUAAAAAGGAAGGUAAAAACGAAGAAUGAUUUAUUCUUGAAAAAGGAAAACAUGAGCAUCGUGGAUACUUGCGUUGAUGAGAAUGAUAUCGGAAGCUUCAGUUUGUCCAACGAAAUGGACAACGAGGCUGAGGGCGGGAGCAGCCAACUGGACAGCAGCAAUAAUAAGGAGGUGCAGAACGGAUACGGAACAAGGGUGAUGAACCAAAACGGUGGGGAAGCCUCGCCAAACCAGGGAAUCAUGUCGAACGAAAUGAGCGCAGAAAUCGGACAUAACGGCGGGAAUUCCAGCCGACCAUCCAAUAGCACCACUGGUUAUCUAAACGGGAUAAUGCAGAAAACACAUGAUGAUGAUACCCUUGGGGGAGAUCAUCCACGGAGACCAGCAACAAAUGUGAAGAGAAGGUAUGCAAACCAGGACGCGGUCAGUUACGACGAAGGAGUGUAUACCAGCUCAGAUAUGGACUAUGAAGAUAGCGAAGUGCACAGUGGGGGAUACGCAAAAUCGAAUGCUAUGGGGGGCACAAAAAAGGGAAGUAGGAGCACGUACGCAUACGACUGUUAUAGUAGCGGUGACGGCAGUGAUGGUAGUGUGAAAUAUGUGGACAGGAACUUUGUUAACCAGUUAGGGGAAAAUCAGAAUUGCGUUUUAAGCGCGGAAUGUAAUAAAGAGGGGCAAUUGCGGUACUCCAGCAGAGGGGAGAAAGACCCAGGUGUAGAAGAAAUGAACAAAAUGUGCAGUUAUGAAGAAUUACUACAAAAGGAAAACAAACUAAUCGAGAACAACAUUCUAAAUAAGGAGACAUAUGUACAGAUCGAUAAUCAAGAAGAUAUUCAAUUUGAUAGAUUCCUAAACGAUGACGUGGAAACGUACAAAGCACUCUCAAGAAAUAUUAGUGACAGUGUGUAUAAAAAGAAAAUUGAAAAUUUUAUUAUGCUUAGGAGUAACUUAUAUAAAUACAUGAACUGCUUAAAUGUGCUGGGCAUUCGCUACAUAAACAAUAAUGACAUAAACAAUUUUGAAGAACUGUACAAUAAAAACAUUUCGUUUGACUUGAAAAAGACUUACACAAAAAUCAGGAAGGAUAUUUUACAUCCCCUAAAAAAUAAUGUACUAGAAAAGAACGUAUAUAUAAAUUUAAAAAAGGAAACGAGCAAAUAUUAUAACGAAAUGAAAAUAUACAAUGAUUGUUAUUUUCUUUUCGAUUUUGUGCUAAAAAAAUAUGACAAGAAUUUGAAGAAGAAUAAUAAGAAGGUCGAAUAUCAUAUUGACAAAAGUACCUUCCUUUGCAUGUGUGCAGAUGUAAAAAUAAAUAAAAUAAUUGAAAAUGUAGAUAUCCCCACUAGCAGUUACAAUAAUUUGUUUGAGAUAAAUAAAAGCACGCAUGAAAAUCAAAUAUUUCAAAUCGUUAAGGAGGUCUUGAAAAAUAAAAAUUGCGACAGCAAAGGGAAUUCUGGAAUGCACCGUAAAAGACAUGUGAGUGAUGGGAACUGCUCGAACAACUCCAGCUUUGGAGACACCACUGAUUUGUCAAACGAUAUUUUGUCAGAGGACCGCAUUUACAGGCGCAGGGCUAGAGGGGGGGAAGAAGCUUCAAAGUGUUCUACCGUCACAGGGGGAAAUGGUGGCAAUGGUGGCAAUGGUGACAAUGAUGGCAAUGAUGGCAAUGGCGGAAAUGGUAACAAUACCUACAAUGAAUGUAUCACUCGCAGCCACAGCCGCUGCAAGGAACAGCCCGGAAACGGCUCGUAUUACGCCUCCAUCUUCUGCCCCUUUUCCCUAGUCCCAACGUCAAACAAUCUGGUGAAUUUCAACACCAUAGGAAUUGGGAGUACCAAGUACAAGAGCAAGAGGAGAAAAAAAAUGAACAUAUACGACUUGGAGUAUUUAUUUAUGAGGCAAGUGUUCUUCAGCAAGUACAUUAACAAAAACCAAGGCUUAACAGUAAUCGAUUUUUUUUUACUAAUGCAACAGGUAGCCCUUUUGAUAUUCCCCUUCAUUAGCUACGUUAGUGCCUACAACGUUUCUUACCCCUAUAAUGGUGCCCUGUUUGACGAACUGAACAAUCAAGGAAAUAAUGUGUUCGCUAAUGUAGGUCCAGACACUGGGAUGGGAGGUGUGAAAAAAUACGUUAAGGGUAAAAAGAAAGGAGAAAAGGAUAGGUAUAAUAACGCUUACUUAAAAAGGGAAAAUAAGGGUUGUAAUGGUUGUAACGAUGUGGACAAUUCGGCAAAAACAGACGUCAACAGUUUUCUUCAAAAUGGAGGGGAAAUACUACAUAAUCAUUUGCAUUCCGAAUUGAGUAGAACAAGUUGUACUAGGAAUUGUAUUCACCAAGUGGAGGAGAAAAAAAAAAAUAAUUAUUUGUGGCAUAAAAAUGUUUGCAGCAAUGUUUACAAUUUGUAUGAGUACAUGCAAAUAGGCGUUAACCCCGCUGUUAAAAAUGUUUGUUUGGAAACUUUUUUAAAUUUUAUUUUUAACAAGUACGGAAUAAUGCAGUUUUCGUAA